CAAAGGUCGUCCGGCAGAAACGUUCCCAUCAACCGGGUCCAACCAAAACUCCGACAAUCAGCCCAACAGGAACUGACGUCUCCUCUGUGCAAUUGGACGGAAAAUGCAGCUGCAGGAAAAAUGGCUCCAAAUACCGCACCGCUGAAAGGUGUUUGAAAAUUUACUUCUCAAAUUGUUGAGCCAGACCCACUUGAAAACUGUUGUACUUAUGGCUCAUUCCACCUGACAGAAUGGCCCAAACACCAAGUGGGAAUGGGUUCAAGCUGGAUGUCCCGCAGCCAAAGGGGGUUGUGGGUAAAGAGGAAGCCCUCCGUAUGGAAGAAGAGGCUUUAGCUAAACUGCAAAGGGAGAAGAAAUACACUCCUUCAGUGUCAACAUCGUUGCCAGCAGCAUCGUCAACUUUCCUAAAAUCAAAACCAUCUAAAUCCUCCACUGCUGCUCCUGAACCUUCUUCCUCAACUAGUAAACCAGACAAGGACCUCAUUGUCUUCUCAGAGUCCAAGAGACAAGCAGAGCAGGAUAAGUUCAGGGAUAUUGACGUGCACAAGUUAACCAACGAAGAGCUUGAAGACAUUCUAAUUUAUGAAAACUUUGAUACUGACAGCAUAGUGUCCCGGCCUUCAUCACUGCUGGGAUUUAACCUUAGUGCAUCCUACCCUGGUGUCAAUGCCUGUAGUUCCUCGCACUUUCAGAGUGGCCAGUGGAGAUCUGUUCUGUCCACCCCAUCUAGUUCCAGUGGUUCCACUCCAUCCCACCAGCCUACCCCAUUGUUCCCCUCAGCCCCGUUUCCCAAACCAGGUACAUUUCAAAAUGGUUUCACUCCAGCAAUGUCACCUUUCAUGGCUCCACCAGGACAGCAGGCAACUUUCAUACCCUUCACUCCCAUCCAACCUGCUGCCGCUAUGGUCUUCCCACAGCCAACUGUAGACCCAGAGAUGGCCAAGUUGUUUCACAAAAUUGCCAGCACCUCAGAAUACUUGAAGAAUGGCAGAUCAACCAGCACCGGCUUGGAUUCUUCAAAAGCAGGAGCAGCUUCUCUGGCACCUAACCCACCAACCCCACAGCCAGUGGUGACAGAACCCUCUAACACCAGCAACUUUGACUGGCUCGAUCUGGACCCUCUCACAAAGCGCAAAGCUGAGAAUGAGGAGGCAUCUCUGGCAUCAGAAGGACCUAUGCUGAUAUCAGCAGUUACUGCAGGAGACCCGUGGGAUGCGGUCCUUGAGUCUAAAGGGAAUACUAGUAGAAGCAGCCCCCCUCCAGAGGCAAACGUGUCACUUGCAGUUCACUCACAGCACAGGAGAGCAUCGACAGGAGCAUCUGUCACCCGGAGUCACUCGCUCAACAUCUCGGAGACAUCGUCCCAGCACAAACCCAGCAAUCAGGACAAAGGAAAAGAAAAAGCUUUAAAGGCAAACGGUGCCCAGGAUGAGGAGGAUGCACAAAACCUGGAGAUUGCUGCCUUUUGUAAAGAUGUGGCAACCUUGCGCUCCAAAUUCCCUAAUGACGACAUUUCCACAAACCCGGGCUUCGUCCUUAGCCCGGUUAUCGCUCAGAGGGGCGACGGGGGCGACAACAGUAACUCUGUCAAAGUUUCCAUCGAAAUUUCUGGAUCUCGGGAGCCGGUAACCUUCACCUGUGAUGUGAGUUCUCCAGUGGAGCUCCUGAUAAGCCAGACUCUCUGCUGGGUCCAUGAUGACCUGAACCAAGUGGACUUCUCCAGUUAUUUGCUCAAAGUCUGUGGUCGGGAGGAAGUGCUGCAGAACAAACACAGCCUUGGCAGCCAUGAGUAUGUCCAGAACUGCAGGAAGUGGGAGAAUGAGAUCACAUUGCAACUGCUUUCUCACUCCACAAUGAGGAGGGACUUGGCACGCACUUCUGACGAUGACAGCUCCCGAAUAGAUUUAGAGAAACACCUGGGGCAGGUAGAGAGGCCUUUCAAGGAGAAUGUCACCAGACAAGGGCUUGCUGACUAUUUGGAAGGAUAUCACAAUCAAGUUAACAGCUGUUUGCAAAAUGAGAAUACUCAGUUUAAGACAGUGGACAGGGUGGUGCAGACUGUGAAGAACCUCUGCUGUGCUUUAGACGAGGUGGAGACUCGAGCUAUUACAGAGGCAGUCAAAAGACUACGCCAUUCUGCCAACCUGGCCCAGUCAAGCUCACCAAAGUUGGGGACCACAUCCUCUGGUCAGUCAUCCAAUGGUGUCUCCGGCCCUGUGGAGGAGAGCAUGGCCAUGCUAACAAAGGCCGUCUGUGACCUUGCCAAGCUGUACCUGCGCUCCUUUUGUCACCCGUCGCCUUCUUUCACCUCCCCUCCUCUGCCCCAGGUUGUAGAAGGAGGGGACGCCACAGAGGGGAGGGGUGUCAAAGAAGCUUCUGGAACAACAGAUCAUCUGCAGUUCACUCUGUUUGCCAUGCACGGCAUCCCAGGCACAUGGGUCAGCAGCUAUGAGAAAUACUUCCUGAUGUGUUCCCUUACCCACAAUGGAAAAAACCUGUUCAAACCAGUCCAGUCCAAGAAAGUGGGCACGUACAAAAGCUUCUUCUACCACAUCAAAUGGGAUGAAUUGAUAAGUUUCCCCAUAGCAAUAGCCAUACUCCCACUGGAAUCCAUACUGAGCCUGACUCUGUUUGGGGUGCUAAACCAGAAUGCCAGCGGCUCUCCAGACUCCAACAAACAGAGGAAAGCCCCAGAGCUUCUGGGUAAAGUGUCCACACCCUUGUUUGACUUCAGACGAGUACUUGCACGUGGCACCAAGCUGCUGGGUCUGUGGACUUCUGCACUGGGACCUGCUGCUGCCGGGCCUGCAGGUAGUCGCAAGAGAAUACCUUCAGAAAGAGUAGUAUUACAGGUGGAUUUCCCAAACUCGGCCGUGGAUGUUUUAUACGUUGGACCCAAAGAGGUCCCCAACCCUGACGCUCACGCACUGGAGGAGCUGGAUCCAGACCUCCGCCGCAAACUGGAGAAAAUCUGCAGCCGAGCAUCUAAUUUUGGACUGAAACAGACCGAUCAUCAGCUCCUGUGGGACUACCGGCUCCACUGUCGCAGGGACCACCCCAGCAGCCUCCCCAAGGUGUUGGCCAGUGCACCCAGCUGGGACUGGGCCAGCAUGGCUCACAUUCACUCCCUGCUGCACCACUGGCCCACCCUGCCCCCUGUCGCUGCGCUGGAGCUGCUUGACUCAAAGUUUGCAGACACUGAGGUGAGAAGUGUGGCUGUUAGUUGGAUCGAGAAGAGCUCUGAUGAUGAACUAGCUGACUACCUGCCACAACUAGUACAGGCAUUAAAGUUUGAGUGUCACUUAAACAAUGCCCUCGUUAAGUUCCUCCUAUCCAGAGCACAAGGAAACAUCAAUAUAGCACAUUAUCUCUACUGGCUGCUGAAGGAUGCUGUGCAAGAUCCUGUCUGGGGACAGCGAUAUGAGCGGGUGCUGGGUGCCCUGCUUUGUCUGUGUGGAAGCAAGUUGAGGGCGGAGCUUGAGAAACAGACUCACCUGGUUACUCUGCUGGGCGCUGUGGCAGAGAGGGUCAAACAGGCUGGAGGUUCUGCACGACAGGUCGCACUGCAGGAAGGCCUUGAAAAUGUUCAGAACUAUUUCCAGAGGAACAGCUGCCGGCUUCCUCUCAGCCCCAGUCUGGUGGCAAAGGAGCUAAAUAUUAAGGCCUGCUCCUUUUUCAGCUCAAACGCAGUUCCCCUCAAGCUGGCCCUGGUCAAUGCUGACCCACUGGGAGAGGAGAUCAAUGUCAUGUUUAAGGUGGGGGAAGACCUGCGACAGGACAUGCUGGCUCUUCAGAUGAUUCGCAUUAUGGACCGCAUGUGGCUGCAGGAAGGGCUGGAUCUUCGCAUCGUUAACUUCAAGUGCAUCUCCACCGGGAAAGACAAAGGUAUGGUGGAGCUGGUACCGUCUUCAGACACCCUGAGAAAGAUUCAGGUGGAGUAUGGCGUCACUGGAUCCUUUAAAGACAAACCUCUUGCAGAAUGGCUUCGCAAAUACAACCCUGCAGAGGAUGAAUACGAGAAGGCAUCAGAGAACUUCAUCUACUCCUGUGCAGGGUGCUGUGUUGCAACAUACGUGCUUGGCAUCUGUGAUCGUCAUAAUGACAACAUAAUGCUGCGCUCCACUGGUCACAUGUUUCACAUUGACUUUGGGAAGUUCCUGGGACAUGCCCAGAUGUUUGGCAGCUUCAAAAGAGACCGGGCGCCGUUUGUUCUGACAUCUGACAUGGCAUACGUCAUCAACGGAGGCGAGCGCCCCACCAGCCGCUUCCAGCUGUUUGUGGACCUCUGCUGCCAAGCCUACAACCUCAUUCGCAAGCACUGCUGCCUUUUCCUUAACCUGCUGUCUCUGAUGAUGUCAUCAGGCCUCCCCGAGCUGUCCGGCUCUGAAGAUCUGAAGUACGUGUUCGAUGCCCUUCAGCCUCACAGCACCGACGCUGAGGCCACAAUCUUCUUCACAAGGCUCAUAGAGUCCAGUCUGGGAAGUGUGGCCACAAAAUUUAACUUCUUCAUCCACAACCUUGCCCAGCUGAGAUUUUCUGGCCUUCCUGCCAAUGAUGAGCCAAUCCUGUCUUUCUCCCCAAAAACAUACACAAUGAAGCAGGAGGGGCGUAUCCUCCACGCAUCCAUUUUCUCUUUCCAGAAGAGAUACAACCCUGACAAGUAUUAUACUUACGUGGUGAGGAUUCUCAGGGAAGGUCAGAAUGAGCCUCAGUUUGUCUUCCGCACCUUUGAUGAGUUUCAAGAGCUCCACAAUAAACUCACCAUUCUUUUUCCUCUGUGGAAGCUGCCAAGUUUCCCAAACAAAAUGGUGCUCGGUCGCACACACAUUAAGGAGGUGGCAGCCAAGAGGAAGGUGGAGCUCAGCCACUAUGUCCACAACCUGAUGAGGAGCUCCACUGAGGUCAUCCAGUGUGACUUGAUCUACACCUUCUUUCAUCCUAUUGCACGAGAUGACAGGGCAGAAGGUUUAGAUGCCACGCCCAAAGCACCUGAGCCUCCAAUGAGUCCUAAUUCAGGGCGGGUGGAGGGAGAAGUGAAGCUCUCCAUCUCUUACAGGAAUAGCACGCUCUUCAUCAUGGUCAUGCACAUUAAGGACCUGGUUUCUGAAGAUGGAACAGAUCCCAACCCAUAUGUGAAAACCUACCUGCUUCCAGAUCCACACAAGACCUCCAAACGAAAGACGAAGAUCUCCAGGAAAACUAGAAACCCCACCUUCAAUGAGAUGCUGGUGUACAGCGGCUACAGCAAAGAAACGCUUGGACUGCGGGAGCUGCAACUGAGCGUGCUCAGUGCUGAGUCACUGAGUGAAAACUACUUUCUGGGCAGCAUCACGCUCAGACUCAAAGACUUUGACCUCAGCAAAGAGACGGUCAAGUGGUACAAACUGACAGCAGUUCCCUACUUCUAAGCCCCACUUGGCUCUGACUUUGCAGACAGCCGAUGCAUUCAAAUCAUAUGGAAAAAUGCAGGAAAUGUGACCUCACUUGAAAAAAAAAACGAUCAUGGUUUCCUUUAGCUACUCAUAAACAUCUGAAAAACAAACCUUUAUUUUGUUUAAGAAGGAUUUUUGACUAAAUCUCAUUUGAAAUUUAGGCACAGAGUUUUAUUUUGAAAUCUAGUUGACCAAACUGACACUUUUUCACAUGAAUACAGUUGUAGAUGGAAGUGUUGAGAUAUAGCUGUGCUUCUGGAUGAAAGUGUGUAUCAUAAAUUGUGUCUUUCCAUGGUGUGAGGCAGAUGAGUUUUGUUGGAAUAUCUUGUAAUCAUCAUUUUGUUCCACAGUUUAGUCUCAAAUGAAAUGACCAGUUCAGACUCUGAGGACAACAGAACAAGGAGCCUGCUCCUUAACUUUGAUUUUUUUUUUCCACUCUUUAAAACCAUACUAUUUCGUUUCUUUUUUGACGCAAAGUCUUGUAGUUUUUGUAAGUUCAAUAAAGAGCUGGUAUGUUUUGUAAAUGUUGAAAUUAGAGGACCAAAACAGUUUUUCAAAAGACUAAAUAAAUGUAGACUAUGUCAGUCUACAUUUUUGAGGAAUCAAAAGAAGGCUCUUUUCUACUUUUCCCUUAUUUUCUUUCUUCUAUUGAUAAAAGACAUAAAUAUCACCCCCACCUCGCCCAAGUAUUUUGUGAGUUCAACUCACAUAAUGCCAAAGUGUGCCAAAACUAUUGAAAUUCAAACCACUCUCCCCAAAAGGGAGCUGAUCAGGGUGCCUUAGUAUGUUCUCACAGUAUAUUUUUAAAUGCAAAAUUUAACCUUAAAACAAUAUGUAUAUUUUAUUAGCAAUAUGCUAUGUUCUCAGAAAAUAAACCUCUAGAUUGUAUAAAGCUAUUGCCGUAGUUUUACAAGAGCAGUCCUGACUGGAAACCUCUGAACAGUGAAAUGUCACCAAAAGCCACACCACUUUGGUCUUUUUCUUGUGGAGUUACUUGAGUCUCUACACAGCACACCUUAAUUAUAUCAAACUAUAAAUAUACUUUUGGUUUUCUGUCUCCUGAAUGAAUAAUAUCGUAAACUAACAAACAUCUGAAAUAAACUAGUUAAAAUUGAAUCAGGAAGCGAGUCCCAGCAGAAAUCUUAACUAUUUUGGGAUCUAGGACCAAUAACAACCACUGUAUUUUGGUAAUAGUGUAUAAACUCUGUGUUUAAUGACUUAGUUUAAUAAAAUCUGCAAUAAAAAAUCAGCAAUAACUGCCACAAGGUCCAGAAGCUGAGAUUGUUUUAUUUCAUUUUGGGACUGUUUUGUAUGUCAGGGUCUUCAACUUUGUCUCGUGUCUUCAAAAGAAGGGAACAAGUUUCUGAACAAGAGAUGACUUGCUUUUGCUUUUCUGUAAACUAAAUGUAAAGUUGUUGAUGAUUAAUAAAGAAACUAAGAUGAAUAUAUCCACAAAGGCUUUUCAGAGAACUUCAAGACAAGAUUUCAUACUUUGAUGUUCGAUGUCUAAUCUACGUUUUCAGUAACUUUACAAAGAAAGUGCAUUACCACGGCCAGUUAUUUAUUCUGAAUUGGUUACCUCUACCCUGAAUGGAUGAACAUGUCAUGUACUGUAAUCCAUCUCUUUCCUAGAGCAAAUUAAAUGUUUUGAAACAAGCAUAACAUAUGGAUGUCUUUGUUUGACAUUUUGUAAACUAUAAGAUAAUAAAUAAAGGUGAUUGAUGAAAUUA